CCCUGUUAAAUAAGUAGAGACUCCCUUACUGCAUUGUUACCAAACCCCGUCGCAUGUCUGCGAUAGGAGCCCGUCGUGCAUUGCGUCUCCCAUGAUCAGCUGUACGUCUGCCGAUACACAGUACUCGUACGCAUUGGCAACGUCUUCCGAGACUCUAUAUAUCCAGUAGUCUUCGUGUUUCUGCGCUACAUGCUGCCACAGAUCGCCACGUUUCUAAGGGACAGCUUCUGUAUGGAAUCGACACGCUUGCCAGAAGACGGUAGUUUAGUGGCUGGUCGCGCAAAACACGAGACAUGCCAUCGGUAUUGCCCGAACGUAAGUACAGGCUAAGAAAACAACACAAGCGCUCGUGUUACAUCAAGGUGGGGGGAAGCCCCGAGCUAAAUAGAUACAAGUAUCAUGACAAGCUUUUGGUGUUUUCUCCAUUGGUCCCCAACGACCCAAUCGCGUCGUUCGUCUCAUCUGGACACAGCUGUUAAAAGCCGGCUCAUUUCACAGAACGACUGGCUGAGUAUUGGAGACAGAAUACAUCAUUCUGUGCUUCUGUAGGUCGGCGUGCAUUAGCAAGCCGUUUCUUCUACGCAAGUCACAAAUUUCGCAAAGAGACACAAACUCAACAGUUUUGUAGCUUGGGGUCGCGUCGCCGAAAUAUUCGCGUUUCGCUGUGCGAGAAAGCCCGAACACUAGGAUAUCGCCCGUUGCCACAAGUAGAGACUCGGCGCGAAUCCCAGAAGUGGAUUCCUAUCCACAAGACAUAUGGCUUUCUAUCUGGUCCAGGGGUACAGCAAUGCACAGUUUUUCGGCGUGACCCUUCAUAUAGUCACGUGUUCCUCUGGCCGCUACACCGGUCAGACACAAAGAGGGACACCGUAGAUCAGAAUUGUGACGCAUCAACGCAGCGCCACGGCUGACGCUCGCACCACCCGAUUCCCGUCUCUGACCCCAUUAGUCGGUGUGACGGUGAUCCUCAAUGGUCAGUCGCCACCAAAAUCCUUCCUUUUCCAGGAGACGUAGAGGAGUCACAGAUUCGUUCCUGCUGCAGUGAUCUUUGAAGAUAUGUACCCCGUCGAGACAUAAUGGACGAAGCCGACGUCCAUUCUUCCUGCGUCCUGGUUGACCGCUGUCGCUGUCUCGUGGGAAUUGCCCCACGGCGUUUUGUUAUAGAAGUCGAUAUUCGGUAGCCUCGUGUCGAGUCUACGGUUCCCCGCUCAGUCGGCGGCCAAUAGAAACACAAAGAACAACCAAAAGGCCCUUCAAAAGGGAAGGAAGAAACCAUCACAGAUAGUCUUCUCUGCUUCUCCGUUCCUUGCUGCUUUCUACAUUCUGUCGGAGUGGGCAGUUUCUCCUCUUGUCUGGCGCCUCCCCUGCAUCUCUUCCACCACUGUGGAGCGCAUUGUUCUAACCGCGAUAUUUUUAUAUUCCGAUGUGGGCAAGGCACCUAUGGCGUCAGGUGAGAUGAUGCAUAUAACAACGAAGCUUUCCAUCCUCAUUUCGUUUCAAUGUGUGCUUUGUACGUUCUUACCCGAGCGCGUCGCUGCGCAAGCCAUGCUAAAGACAGCACGCGAUCCAGAAGGUGCUCGCGGGGUUGGUUCCUCGUCAGUUUCAGUGUCACAGGCUUCAAGUGUUGUAGGGACACAGGUGCGGAGGCUUGCCGAAGGCAAACCCGGUGAGAAGCGCGAUCCCGUCCGUGAAUUGGUCGAUCUUGAGGAGAAACUUGAUGACCUCCUUGCGUUGCAGCGUAGGGAACGAAACUGCUUCCGGCUGUGUGUAAGAUACUCUGGUUCUUUUCAGGCGUACUCUGAAGCACAGGCUAGACUGAAAAGCAAAAUCGCGACGGAUCCCGAGAGGAUGAGACAAAAAUUCGAAAAGGAACAUGAAGAGAAGGAAAUGGCUUGCAACAUUUGGGCGGCGUUGCUAGAGGCCGCUGCUGAAAAAAUUGACGCCUUGGACAAAGAGAGGAAGAACAUGCAAAAACGACUCACAAAGAAACAGUUCACACGCUUUCUUGCCAUAAAAGCAGCUCGAGGUCGGGCUGAAGUCGGGGGGGUAAGUGUGCGUACCGCUUCGAGUCAGGGAGCGGAAUCUGUGAGCACGAGCCAACCGCCUGGCGGUGCAGGACCAACGCGAGGUGAAGGUGGUUUCCUGGAAAAGACGGAUAAUGAAUUGAUUCGAGUAAUGCAGCUAAUCGCACUGGUGACAAAGAAGCGUGACCGUCUUAGCCGGGCGUUGAAGAAGCAUUUACAGCAUACUGCACCAUCUCCGACGGAUGAUACGCCUGCACCUGAACGAGAGCAUGCCGAUGACGCCCGACGCGCGUGGGAGAGCCGACUCCACCAACUCGAGCAAGAGGCCGAACAGGUGCGCAAAACCAUGUGUCAACUCCGUGAACGGCGACAGGCACUUAAGAGACAGAAAGCCGCAUACACGGCAGAGCACGGUUUCCGUUCCGGCUGGAGAGGAUGCCGAAAUGCCCCUCUCCGCUUCGCGCGUUUAGGCAUCACCGUCGACGAGACAGCCGCGACGAAGCCGUGGCAAGCACGUCGUAGUUUCAUCCACUUAAACGACCCGCCGAGCAGCCACUUUCCUGAUCCAGAUCCACAACCGCCCCGUGGGACCACACGUCAUGUGUUUAUUGCUGGGCGACAACACCUAUCACGUCCAGCUGCGAAGUCAGGCCGUAAACGUGGUCGCCGUCGUGCAGCUGAAGGCAGCGGUAAAACGGGUGACGAACACAAAGCAAGCACGAGCACUGCGACAAGCGAACCAGAUUCACCGGGCGAGGGAACAUCCGGGAUUGUCGCGAAGACGCCGACAGACGACGCUGCCAAGAGACAGCGUCGUUCAAGUCCCCCCCGGCCACGUGGUCCUGGAUGCGUCGGAGUGAGCGCAGUAGGCGCCCCAGUUCAGCAACAUGUCGUGCUGGGGGAGACCGAUGAGAGAAUUCACGGAUCCUACGCUUGUGCCGCAGGUGAAGAUAGCUCCUCAACAUCGGCCCUUACCGCUGUUCGUCUUGCUCUGCUGAGGGGACUGCAGCCAACCAUACCAGCAGGACCACAGAUCAGAAUUAGCACACCUCCUGGCGGCAGAUCACCCGGCAGCCCGCAUAGCUCCCCCAGCCCUCAUAGCUCCCGCAGUUCUGAGAGCUCAAGCAGGUCUGAGAGCUCCACGACCGCCACUUCGUCAGACGAUCAGGGUUCGGGAGGGCGCGAGGAGAGGACGCUAGCGGGCGCGACGGCUGUCCCUGCAUCUGCUAGUCCCCCGGGUGCGCGGCCGCAAACAUCCCAACCAAUGAAGGAAACGCUUUUGGGUGCCACCUCGCCGGCGAUAGAGCUCCCGCUUGGCGGCGCAACACCGUUAGGCCUUUCUGGAGGCUCGUCACUGGGAACGCCGUCGUUAGGACAUCCUUCAAGAGGUGCUUCGUUUCCUUCUCAGCUGUCUCUAUUUUUGCGCGGAAGGCGGAUUCCCUUCAAAUCACAACUUGAGAUACGCGGAGAAUCGUAUUCUCCGGGCGAUGGUAAGGAGUGGAAGACACAUUGGAGGGAGACCAUGCAUACUGAGUAGCAAACGGUUCUCUGUUGGUCAACUCCGUGCCACCUAGUGUCACAAACCAAAGUGUCUUGCGGAUACUCUACGGGCACACUGCCUAAGGUUAUAGCGUGCCACUGGAUGAUUUACUCGUAGGCAUAGUCUUCUGAGUAGCUUCUUGAACACUGGUGGGCAGCUUGCUCGCUCGGUACAGUCGAUGCGAUGCUGAUGGCGUUCCACACUAUAUUUAUUUUGCCCUUUUCCCGCUUAUGUUUCCCGGCAGAACUGACGAGCGCGUCAGAGUAGGGGCAUCCAAGGAAUGCCAUACAUGCGCUGGUUUGAAGUAAAUUUUGAAGGUGGCGGUAGUUGAAGUGGAGGCGGCAAGUCGCUGACUACGAGGGGCGGGAGACGCUGCACUUGGUGGGAACCUGCGAGCAACGUGAUUCUGCGUUAUCACGCAUACCACGACCCCAUGUGAGAGCAUUUCCCGUCUUGAUCUACACCUACUCUGAAUGUGCACACGCACCAAACAUCGCUUGAGAAAUCCUCCCCCGCUGAUGUGCGUCCCGAGCUUCCUUGUCCUCCGCAGCAUGAACACACUCUUCAGACGCCGAAUCGACUCCGUGCAGUCCUUCCGGCGCCAUGCUGGCAUGUAGGCCACUUCAGGGACUUUCUCGAGUGUAGAAGUUGGGGAUCCGGAUGAACGACAUGCUUCGCAGUGGCAGGCCGUUCAGAUGCGAGAUGAAAAUCUGUCGGAUUUGCUGAAGAACAUUUCAUCCGGUGAAUGCGUCGGCAGUAUGUGCUAAGGGGGUGUUAAGCAGCAUAGUCACAAAACUGGAGAGAAGAGAGAGAACGGAGCAGGGACACUCCGGAAUGGAAUAGAAGACGUUUGGGAAGAAACACAUAACGGAGAAAUUGAGGGAUUUGUGGAGGCACUGAAAAUCGAAGGGGUCUGAAGCGACGGCGAAACGGGAAGCGAGCGCGAUGACAAAAGGGUAACAGGAGACAAAGUGGGUCGGAACAGACGGGCGAGAAGGAGACAGGAAGGAAGGGAGGAGGUAGAAAAACGGGAGAAGGAAGACGCAAUACGAGCAAGUGUGAAACAAAGAGAUGUCGUUGGAAGGGUGGAAUCUGCGUGCCUCUAGGGAACGGAAAACAAUAUAACAGUAUGGUCACGAGUGCAGCACAGACUGGAAGGUGCCUUGGACCUUUCAGCAGGGCUUUUCUGGUGAGGCAGAAAAAGUGAUAAAGGACGUAGCGGCAGGUAGACUGAUGCUUUGGGGGAACAGUGAGAGGGGAGGUGACUACGCGAGCGGUGAACGAAAGAGGAAUGCGAAAACCUGUUGAAGCAGGAAGAAAUUGAUGGACGUGUGAGACAGGAAGCAAGCCAAAUGGCAAGCGUGGCAGAGACAAGAACGCAACAGCCUCAUUACGGCAGCUGUAACAGUAACCGUCGGGUCGGUGGUCAUGAAUGCCACACCUGCGCGGAGGGCAGUUAGAGAAAUAAUGCGCGCGUCAUUCACGCGAAAAAACGAACAAACCGGGGGCAUCUGGGAAACGCGAAGGUGGUUCGAAAGGCCGAAGGGUUCAACAUUCGGGAAUCCAGAUGUCGAGGUCUCGACUUUUUUGGGGCCAGCCGGCCGCUCAACAUGCCAGGCAAAGGCAGUCGAAUGAACAACGACGCAUGGCUGUCUCACCAUAUAGUUAGUAGAGACCUCAUGCACGGUGAGGCGGUGUUGUUGCCGCUCUGUCGCUCCAGGUAGAAUUUGGAGGUGUGCCAGACGAAUAGGCCAGAACGCCAUAGAAAAGGAGGGUAACGAGCUGCGCAACCAGUUCGAGGGGCUCUUUCACGGUCCCUUACAGCCCUGUCGAGAGAUCAGAGCUCUGACAGCAUUUUCCUGAACUCGAUAGUCGAUUCAGAAACCGAAACCGACCGUGGUGGGGAGGAGUGCCGAAACGGGUAUGCGGGACCAAGAAGGCUGUUCAAAGACGAAGUUUGUUCGGCCGGCAGCUACGCUGCGAUCCCUGGAGCUUCUGUACCAUCGUCAGGCUUCUACGCUGUUUGUUGCCACUCUCGUGUCCCUCUGUUCCUCUUCUGAUUGCCACAUCAUUCGGGGUAAUGUCGUUAAACCAGUCUUCAGCGAAACGUGGAAGGGUGAUGUGGGCAUGCACCGGGUCUCAUGUUUUUUGAGUCAGUUGGAAUGGGCAAUUUCACAUCCUCCGAUCGUUUUCUGGAAAGAUGCCCCUUGUUCUACGGCCGCAGGGAUCCUGGAAGACUAGCGAACUACGUAGCCCAUUGCACUGAUCAGCCUGCCCUUCUGUUCAUGUCUUCUGCUGCAGCGGCAGGUAGCAAAUCGUUUCCUU